UUAACCUGGGAUGGCAUGGGUGGUGGGUAGUAUAUGGGUGUGUGUGUGUGGGUGUGUGUGUGUGUGUGUGUAGAAGUGAGCCAAACUCUGUCCUUUAUAAAGUCCAGAGGCUGGCAGAGGCAGCAUCCAGGCCAGGAUUUUAGUCCCGUUUUGGGUCCAGAGUGAACUGGAAAAGUAGAAUCGACGAGGUCAGGGAGCAAGAUGAGGUCCCAGCGGUUGUGGGCUGUGCGAACACAGUUUCUCCUGCUGUGGCUGCUGCUGCCGGCCGUGCCUGUUCCGUGGGCCGAGGCCAGAAGAUCCAGAGUCUCGCUGCCCUGCCCCGAUGCCUGCGAUCCCACGCGCUGCCCGCCUCUGUCUACCUGCUCGGCCGGCUCGGCGCCGGUACCCGACCGCUGCGGCUGCUGCCGAGUGUGCGCCGCGGCCGAGGGCCAGGAGUGUGGCGGGGCGCGGGGCCGGCCGUGCGCCCCGGGGCUGCGCUGCGGCGCCCCGUUCUCCCGGGAGCCCUCGGGGGGCGCGUGGCUGGGGACCUGCGGCUGCGCGGAGGGUGCGGAGGGCGCGGCGGUGUGCGGCAGCGAUGGACGCACCUACCCCAGCCUGUGCGCGCUCCGCAAGGAGAACCGAGCCGCUCGCCAGCGGGGCGCGCUCCCCGCCGUGCCAGUGCAGAAGGGUGCCUGCGGGGACGCAGGGACCACAAGUGCAGGGCGGCUCCGGAGAAAGUACAACUUUAUCGCCGCAGUGGUGGAGAAGGUGGCGCCCUCUGUGGUUCACUUGCAGCUGUUCCGCAGGUCGCCUCUCACCAACCAGGAAAUCCCUUCCUCCAGCGGCUCCGGAUUCAUAGUAUCUGAGGAUGGGCUCAUUGUCACCAAUGCCCACGUCCUCACCAACCAGCAGAAAAUCCAGGUAGAACUCCAGAGCGGGGCCCAGUAUGAAGCCACGGUCAAAGACAUCGACCAUAAACUGGACCUCGCACUGAUUAAGAUCGAGCCAAAUACGGAGCUUCCAGUACUGCUGCUGGGAAGGUCCUCUGACCUCCGGGCUGGAGAGUUUGUGGUGGCUUUGGGCAGUCCGUUUUCUCUUCAGAACACGGUGACUGCAGGGAUUGUCAGCACCACCCAGAGAGGCGGCAGAGAGCUGGGACUGAAGGAUUCAGACAUCGACUAUAUCCAGACAGAUGCCAUCAUUAAUCACGGAAAUUCUGGGGGUCCUCUGGUGAACUUGGAUGGCGAUGUGAUUGGUAUAAACACUCUGAAGGUAACUGCAGGGAUCUCUUUUGCGAUCCCCUCAGAUCGGAUCCGACAGUUCCUGGAAGACUAUCAUGAGCGCCAGUUGAAAGGAAAGGCUCCUUUGCAGAAGAAAUACCUGGGUCUUCGAAUGUUGCCCCUCACUCUGAACCUCCUUCAGGAAAUGAAGAGGCAAGAUCCAGAUUUCCCUGAUGUGAGCUCUGGAGUUUUUGUAUAUGAAGUGAUUCAAGGAUCGGCCGCUGCAAGCUCGGGGUUGAGAGACCAUGAUGUAAUUGUCAGCAUAAAUGGGCAACCUGUCACCACCACAACUGAUGUCAUUGAAGCUGUUAAGGACAAUGACUUUCUCUCCAUCAUUGUGCUUCGUGGAAGUCAAACCUUGUUUCUGACAGUCACACCUGAAAUAAUCAAUUAAGUAUCUUACUUUGAGAAACUGGCUAGCAAAACCAGUUAGUUAUAUUACCUGGUUUCUAUUGAAGAAGUGCCAGAGGUAGCAAGGUCUUCCGGAUAUCAAGAAAAAUGGAUGCUUUAAAUGCCGAAGUAUGUUUGCAUGCACACAUCAACACUCUCUCUCUCUCUCUCUCUCUCUCUCUCUCUCUCUCUCCCUCUCUCUCUCUCCCUCACUCUCUCUCUCUCAUGGAUCCUGAAGUUGAGAGUGCUCUUCUGCUGCAAAAACCUUCCUAAAUCAAGUGGAAACAGCUAUGGUGAUCUGAUAAAAAUUGAAGACAGUAAGAACUGGAAAGCAAGCAAUUCCUAACUAAAUUUUGACAGGACACUUUAGUUACCUUCUACACAGUCACAAACCAAUAUGUCACACACGUGUACAAAUAAUCUACCUACCAAAUAUCAAGAACCUGAAUCUGGAGUAAAGAGGCAAUCACAUUUUAAAUACCCCUUUGUAUACUGAAUUUCCCAGGUUAUAUCCACUUUGGGCCAGGGUUUGUGUAUAGUAAGGUCAUCAACUAUAAGACAGAUUAGAAUUGAUGAUAUCAGACUCCCACACAGGAGUAUGGUCAUUUUAGCAGUACAAACAAUUUGGACCUCUAGUGUUUUUGAGAAUAUCUUCUAUUAAAAUAAUUUUUCAAACCA